AGUAAAAGAGAAUCCAAAAUCUAAACCUCACACAGCAACAACAAAAAAAAAAGCAACCUUUACUCUCAAAAACCAAACCCUCGUAUCGUGUCUUGUCGCCGGAAAACCCCCAUUCUCAAUCUCUGUUGGGUUUCAAUUCACUUCUCGUUUUCUUCAACUUCCAAAUAGAUAGAUAUAGUUUGUGAAAAAAAGCUUCUUCUUUUAGGGAUAUAUACACGAUAUGUAUGUUGUUCCUCCUCCCCAGAGAUCCGAUCCGGCUUCAGGAUCCUCUGAUUUGCGUAUUUUCCAAGCUUGGAAAGGUUCUAACAAAUUUUUUCUUCAAGGUCGGUUCAUAUUUGGACCAGAUGCAAGAUCGUUAGCCCUGACGAUUUUUCUUAUCGUUGCUCCUGUUGUUGUAUUCUGUAUCUAUGUUGCCAGAAAACUGAUAGAUGAUUAUUCUGAUCACUGGGGGAUAUCAAUAAUGGCAGUUGCUGUUGUCUUCACAAUUUAUAUCGUAGUUCUUCUCUUGUCAACAUCUGGCCGUGACCCUGGUAUAAUCCCGCGCAAUGCACAUCCUCCAGAGCCAGAAGGUCUUGAAGGCGGUUUAGAUGUUGGGGCUGGUCAAACUCCGCAACUGCGAUUGCCUCGCAUCAAGGAGGUUGAGGUCAACGGAAUUGUUGUUAAAGUUAAGUAUUGUGAUACUUGCAUGCUCUACAGGCCUCCUCGAUGCUCUCAUUGCUCAAUUUGCAACAACUGUGUAGAGAGGUUUGAUCACCAUUGCCCCUGGGUUGGGCAGUGCAUUGGACUGCGUAAUUAUCGGUUCUUCUUCAUGUUUGUCUUCUCAACUACGCUACUUUGUAUAUAUGUUUUCGCAUUUUGUUGGGUCUAUAUUAGAAGAAUUAUGAAGGCCGAGGAGACAACAAUUUGGAAGGCAAUGAUCAAAAGUCCAGCCUCCAUAGUCUUGAUAGUUUACUCCUUCAUAUGCAUGUGGUUUGUCGGUGGCCUGACUGCCUUUCAUUUAUAUCUCAUAAGUACAAAUCAGACUACGUAUGAGAACUUCAGAUACCGAUAUGAUCGACGAGCCAACCCAUAUAACAGAGGAGUGUUUGAUAAUUUCAAAGAAAUAUUCUUCACCAGCAUUCCCCCAUCAAAGAAUAAUUUCAGGGCAAAGGUCCCAAUUGAACCAGCGUUACCUGCCCGAUCAGUGGGUGGAGGCUUUAUGAGUCCAAGUAUGGGAAAAGCUGUUGACGACAUAGAGAUGGGAAGGAAAACAGUCUGGGGUGACGUGGGUAGCAACAUCGAUCAUUGUGAAGGUCAAUUAAACAAUCGUGUGGCUGUAAAGGAUGGAGAGUUUGGCGAGUUGUCUCCAGAAAUUAGGACAACAGUAGACGAGACGAGUGACCGUGUUGGCAUACAUCCUAGGCGAUCUAGCUGGGGAAGAAAAAGCGGAAGCUGGGAGAUGUCCCCUGAAGUUCUUGCUUUGGCAGCCAGGGUUGGAGAACCAAAUCGUGUCGACAGAGGUAGCAGCAGUUUGAGCAUCGAGAGCAGACAUACAUAGCAACUAAGCAAACAACCGUGACACUAAUUUAUUAAUGUGAAAUCUACCGCUAAAGUAAUUGUAAUUGAAGUGUGAGGGAUUGAAAGGCUUCUAAUACAUUCUUGUUUAACUUGCUUUCUUGAUUCAA